UGCACAUCCUUAUUUGGAGGGAGGACUUCCAGGAGCCUUCUACAGAAAGGGAACAAUUCUGAGCAGCAGAACAUGGCAGCUUAGGGUGGGAAAUAUGAGUCAGGCUGAUUAUUCUGUUGUUUCCUGAGAGAUAAAUGUGUUUAUGGGCAGUUUAAAGGGAUUCAGAAUUUUAGACAUGGGAGGGCUUCAGAAAGGAUUUGUUGUUUUGAGCUGCAGUCCCUCUGUCUGUCAAUACAGCAUGCUGUAACACUGCCUUCUGCAAUGUCAGCAAGGGAAAAGGUGAUCAAAAGAACUGUCAACAAAGGAUCAAUUACACUACUCACCACCAGUUCAUCAGAGUUUAAUCUUUCAGCAACUAAGUAUGCCAGGCAAAUUAGUCCACCAUAUAAUACUGUUCCAUUUGAAUUCAUAAAGUAUAUGGGAGAAGGGGGGAAAGGUUUUUCUAGUCUGUGACUUUAAAAUACUUAUGACUGCAAUACUGUAGAUAUGACUCUGCUGCAUAGCAAACUGGUUACUCAUAGCUACAGUGUUGCAGAUAUGACUCUUCAGCGUGGCAAAUGCAUUUCAGACAAGCACUAAACCUGAGAGGUUUAGCACUAACCAAAAGGUUAGUGAAAUACUGAUCAUCACUAACAACCCUCAUUCUCCGUGAUGGGAUAUUAUCAUGACUCCAAUAUAAUAAAAAAGAGCUGUGUAUGUGCUGAUUUCAGUUUUAGCAGAUCAGUUUUGUGAAGACUCCACAGCUUCCUAUGAGACUAGAAGUAGAGAAAGGAACUUCAGAACGAGUUUUCUUCACAUGAUUUUCACUGGCUGAUUUCUUCCAUACUGGCACAUUACCUGAAUGUUGGCUCCAUAGUGAUUGCAUUGGCUGAGGAUGUGGAUGUGGGGAGACAGCAGAACAGAGCGAGCUUUGGUGGGGAUGUGGCUCACAGACUGCUGCCUGGUACCAUGUCAUGUUCUAGAGGAAGGACAGCAGGCACAGCCCUCUGUCCUGAAGUUACUGCUGCACACCUAAAAAUUAUAUACUAGAAGAGAACCUGAAUGACAUCCUUUCUGGAAGUGUUAGUGACGGUCUGGCUUUCACUGUGGUCAGGAUCUCACACCACCUCUUACCAAGUACUCACCGUAUUAAAGGAUAAUAUACUAAGACAAUGGAGAAGCCUCCCUUGGAAUUUAACCUGCCUGAUACUCAUGAAGAAGGAAAACUUUACGUAGUUGAUUCCCUAAACAACCUAAACAAGCUAAAUGUUUGCCCAGCUGAAUCCCAGCGUUCACUAGAUCAGGAAGAGAACACUGGUGGUACUGGAGAAAGUGUGGCAGGAAGCAGCACAAGAAACCAGUGUUUGUUCUUCGUCAUCUUUAUUCUUACUUUGAUCGUCAGUUUGGCACUUGUUUCAUUUGUAAUAUUCUUAAUAUUUCAAACUAGAAAUGAGGUGGACCAAAUAUCAAGCAGACUACUAUCUGAAAAGAAGAACAUAGAAGAGCUGAAGAAACUUAACAAUAUUAUAUUAAAGCAUCUGAAUCAAUCCAGAAUUAAGGAAAAGCCUUCUGAUCUUCAUGCUUAGCAUUUUACCCAUGCUGAGCUCAAAGUCCCUGGAGAAUAAAUCUUUGGAAAGGAAUUCAGCAUAUUCAUAACUCAGAUAUUUUCGCAUAUGGCACACAGGUUGCUGAAACAUGGUUGCUGAAACAUUUCUGGAAAAGAUAGCUGAAUGAAAAAUAUUAGAAAAUAGUAUUUUAUCCUGUUUUACGUGGACAUAGAUUUGUCAUACUAAGCCCAUAUAAUUCACAAUAAACAAUGGAUUGUCAGUUUGGGGCAAGAUUUCCAGAUUCCCCGUGCAUUGUAAAUCACAGAGGUAAGGACCUAGUUUUAUUUUAAAUGUGAAUGAUCACAAAAAAUCACGAGUUCUGUUCACAUGAUUCCAGCAUGACCUUGUUCACUUAAGCUUUCUUCUGUUACCUUUGUACAAGCUUUCUGUUUGUUUCUAUUACUAUUUGUAUUUAAGGAUAACUUCAUAUUUCAUAACUUAUAAAUAAAUCCAUUUCUGGUCUAGAGUUUUGUAGCUUUCCCUUCUGUGCAUCUAAAUAUACUGAUAUAUUAUUAUUUUUGUGAAAAAAAAUAAAAAAAAUCAAAACCAUCCCAAACUUGAAUAACAACAAACCCUUUCAUAAAAUGCCACAAUCAGCCUAAAUUUGUAUUGGCAGAGUGAGUGUCCUAUUGCCUUACAUGGAAAAUGUUUUUAGUGGACUCAGUCUGGUAACGUCACAGCAUCAUCACAGCCACUCUAUCUCAUAGCAAUGCCAAUACACUGUACUAACAAUUUUCAGGUGAAGCCCAAGUGUUUUUAUGAAGAGAUGUGGGGACAAUACUUCAUGUUCUUGUAUUCUGCCCAAUAUUUGCUGCUGCUUAUCAUCAGAGAAGGGCCAGAUGAAAUAUGGUUGGAACUUUCAGGAUUUUAAUGUUGAGUGAUAGCUCAGAGGCUAAAAGGAGCCACCCUCUCUGAAUUUACACAAUUGUGGAGACAGACACCUGAAAGUGUGAUCACAUAAGGGACUGCUGGCUAGCUCUGUCAUUUUUAGUAUUCAGAACCUUCUACUGAAAUAUAUAUUAAGAAGGCUCCUCCAUAAUCAUGCAAUAAAUCGGUUACUCCCACCAUGAUGGUGGAAUGGCAGCUGACACUAUGGAAUAUGUCCAACAUCAUCUUUUUUACUUAAAGUUCUCAUUCUCAUCCAAUUCUUUCUUAUGUCUUCUUGACAGUUUAACAAAAAAAUUAACCAAAGUCAACAGCUUGCAUUGCAGUCUUCUUUUCCAGAAUUCAUGAUAGUCCUUUCUGUGAUGACAACUUUGUUGUCUGCAACGAAGUGAAGAACUAAGUCCAGGAGAAUUUCUUGGUAUCACUCUACCUAGAUUUGCCCACAAAUUCUAUUCUGCUAUUAUGAGUGCAUUGCUUUACACCUAUGUUUUACAUCACUAUGUUUCUAUUUCCUUAUUUUUAUUUUCCUGAUGCAUUACUGUCAGGUUAUUCACAUGAAAACAGUGAUGAUUGGUUUCAAGAGUUUAUUAUUCCUGACGUUACU